AUGCCACGUGAGCGUGUUUCUACCGUGAAAAAAGAUGCGGAUUUUGCCUCUGGUAGAACCGAUCCCAGUCUGACUAACGAAGGCACCAUCGGCGCCAAAGAAGAUCCGGGGCGAGGGAGCGUGAGUCUUGCAGUCCCAUCGGCGGAGAGAGAGGGGUCGGCGACAAGGGGAAACCAUGGCGACGCUCCCCGCGCCGAGCAUGCCGCAACCCAGGAGUGCGAGGCGGAGGCAUCCCAAUACGGACAGACGCUGCUCCAGCCGACCGUGGUCGAAAUUUCUGCUGCCAUGGUGGAUAAGGCCAAGGCGGGGGAGCACGAUUUGAUGGAGGAUCUCCAACACAGCAUUGCCGACGUAGGUGGCUCUCCUCCUUCUGUUGGACGUGGGAGGCGUAGGCAGAGGAGGAGCGAUGGGGAAGAAGAGUAUGACACCACCGUGCCCGGGGACAUCAAUACGCGGUCGAAGAGGCGGCAGACAACAGGCGGUGCUGACGACGCCGGUGACCCUGAUGAUGCGGAGGAGGAAGAUGAGGGGGAUGCGGGGGAUGAGGAGGAGGCUGAUGAGGAGGAGGAUGCGGAGGAAGAGGAGGAUGAAGAGGAUGCGGAGGAGAACGCGGAUGUUGGGGAGGAAGAAAAAGAUGAGAAUGAUGACGAGGAGGACGAGGAGGAGGAGGAGGAGGACGACGACGAGGAGGGGGGCGACGAGGAUGAGGAGGAGGAGGAGGAGGAGAGGGACGACGGGGAUGAGGAGGAGGAAGGGGAAAAGGAGGAGGAGGAGGAGGAUGUGGCGGCAGUGAAAGGACGGGGCGGGCGAGGCUGA